AUGGAUUGUCCAAGGUAUAAUGGAAAUUCUCAUCCGGAAGAAUACGUUAAAGAAAUGAUAACAUAUUGUGGAUUUAAACAAAUUACGGACGAACCUGAAAUUCUUAAAUUUAGUAAAUUGAUGAUCGAUUCAACUAUAAAGAUUUCACAAGAUAUUGAUUCUUGUGAAGGUCUAGUUAACGCAUUGAAAGAACAUAUUACCUUUUCGAUUUUUAAAAAUUCUUGCAAGAGGAAAUUACAUUUAUUAAGAUAUAAGGUUGAACGUGAUGAAGGUGAUACGGCACUGUUCAUUUCGAAUUUUCGUAAACUCUGUCGUAAUGCCGAGAUUAAUGACAUUGAAAAACAAAAAAGUUCCUUGUAUCGUACACUUCCAAAUGACUUUUUUAGAAAUGAAUUUAUUAAAAAUUAUAGCACGAUUAAUUCUAUGAAUGAUCUAAUGAUUUGUUUCGAAAAUACUUUAAUUGAAUAUUCUAAUUUCAUUCGGAAUGGUUCGGCCGUGGCCAUAAAACAUGUGGCUACUGGAAGGUACCUUUCCAGUUGGAACAAGUCUUAUCUGACAGGUUCAAAAAGUCAAAUGGUAUUCUGUGGACAAUCUUUACAGGAUUCAAACGCUGUUUGGCUGAUUAGAAGUUUAGAUAGUGCCGAGUUGUUAACUUAUCAUAGCACGGUCUUUUUGCAACACCAAAAUUCCAACGCCUACCUUGAUAUUCAUACUAAGCGUGAUAGUAAAUCUCCUGUCUCUGGUUUAACUGAGGUGAGCUGCGGCAGUAACGAUAAUUAUAGUGAUUACACAUGGAUUCUUGAACAUGAUAAUUCAGAGAAUGGGGAAUAUUUGAAAACACGCGAUGUCGUGAUUCUUAGAAACACAUUUCAAGAUUUUACGUCUAAUAAGCACAAGGAAGAAACCUUGGGUAGCCACGAUGUUACAUUUACUAUCGAUAAUGACAAAUUGCAGGAAGUCUUUGCUCAUGGUGGAGAGCAUACCGAGAAUGAUAAGUGGUGUUUUGAACUUAUUGAUUAA